AUGACAAAUGACCCCUCUCUCUCCCUCUCCAUGCUCUCACCCUCACUCUCUCCCUCUCCGAUUUUCCUCCCAGUCUCCUCCUACCUCUCAAGGUCCUCCCUCUCAGUAUAUGCUUCAAAUGCAAUCGAGAAUGUGGUGAUAAUUGGGUCAUGUCCCACUGGAGUCACAACAGCAAGUUACGCAGCUCAAGCCAAUUUGAAGCCUUUGGAGUUCGAAGGGUAUCGAUCGGGUCCAGUCCCGGGGCAGUUGAUGACCACUACUGAAGUUGAAAACUUUCCAGGAUUCCCAAAUGGAAACUGGUCCAGAUUUAAUGGACAGCCGUAAUACAAGGUUCAACUAUGGAUUUCAAGUUUCAAGGGUAAAAGGCCUUCAAUGGAGGAUUAUAUUGAGGCAAAUAUAUCUGACGUUGAUGGCCAGAUGGUUGCAUUUGGUGUUUUUGAUGGUACAGUACAAUUCAAGUUGUUCAUUUGGG